AAAAUUGUGCGGUAACUUAAAUACACGUGGUCGGUCGGUUUGUCGGAUCGAAUUCACUGACUUUAUAACUAUAUAGUACAUCUAUAUCAGAAGCGAGGGAAAUAUAAGAGAGUGAAAGUGAAUGACGACGAUGACGAUGACGACGACGACUAUGGAAUUGUGCGCUUGAAGCGGUCCACGUGGUCCUGGUUCCACCAGACUCGCCCAAGCAAAAGACGGUUAAGUGUCGUUUGGUCGGUGGCAAAGGCACUAGCUAUCAAUCACUAUCAUGAAAUCGUUCGGUCAAGAAUCGCGAAAUAAUCACUAUCGUUUAACAAUCUUUAGUGAAAAUAAUCCAUUUAACUAUCAAAUAGACUCCAUGUGUCUAAUGUGAUUUACAGGACCCUCUAUGCAUUCCUAUUUAUCGUAUGAUGAAUCUGGUAAUUGGCAUAAUUUGGCUAGUGUUAAAUACUCUGCUGUACAGGAAAAUUGUGGCUAAUGAUAUUUUAUCGUUAAAUGAUAAAUUGAAAAUAGAAAGAAAACAACCCGGAUAUAUGAUUUCAAGUGAAAACAAUGGAAAUUUUUUUGAAAAAAAUCAUCCACCAGCCGGGGGGAAUUAUCCUAAUAAUUAUAGGUAUAAAAUUUCAGUGAAUUCAGAGCACUCGAAGUUAAAGGCACGUAAUAAUAAUUAUAAUGAUUAUCGGCCAAGUGAAGCUGUAUCCUCGGAUUUAUAUUAUAAUUAUUACGUGAACGAUAAAAGUUACAAAACACAUAAAGAUUUGUCGAAAGAAAAGAAUGCUGCGCCUCAAUUAAAUUAUUUCCGUGAACUUGACAACAUGAAAGUUGAAUUGAGAAAAACUGUAAACAACAAUUCUUUGUCUAUGAAAGAAAAUAAUUCCGAGUACAUUAAGGCGGGAAGUUCAUUGAACGAUAAAAUAUCAUCAUCAUCACCAUCAUCAUCAUUAUCAUCAUUGGGAAAUGUUCUUUCUCAGGAAGAAAUUAGACGAGUGGCUAGACAAACUCAGAAACAAAGACCUGGAAUUUUAUGGACCUUGUUUAGAGUUGCCUUUGAGUCGGUGAAUGAAACUCGUUCGGCAAUUAGUCAAAUAUCAGAUCUAAUUAGCAAUGGCAUUCAACCAGAUCCAACAACAAAAAAACCAGGUUCUGGUAUGAUUGUAUUAACAACAACGGAAAAAAGUCUCACUGAAAAUUCGACAAGUGACACUAAUGCCACAACAACUCCAGCACCUUUUGUCCUAACAAGAUCAUUUUUACAAGGACUUAUUCGACGUAAUGUUAAGGGUCUCGUUCGACUUUUUAAUAUCGAAUGGAAAGAUGCUAUAAAUCAAUCGAAAGUGUCAAUAAAUGAAUUUCGACACGAUCUUGGAAAUCAAAUUGGUAUGAAUCUCAAAGAUAAUCCCGAUGCCUAUUGAA